AUGGCCCGGGCUGGCGUUGUAAUACCGACUCAACUGAGAUCGGGACUAAGUGCAGUGGUUCCCUUCCAUCCAGGCCGGACGGGCUCUAAGGAUUUGGGAGAGAAGUCGGAGAGUAAGCACGGCGGUUUCCCAGUGGUGGUUGGUGAUGAUGACCCGACGUAUGGGUUUGGAUGCCGGACUAUACCUAGAAUGGUUAUGAUGAAACGUGAGUGUUGGGCAUUUUGGGCGAUUCUGAAUUACUUGAUUUUCGAUAAGAAUCGUCUAGCCAUGGUCAACUUGCUCUUCGAUUCGGACGGAGUGCUCAGAGGACGAUUGCCGGAACAGCGUAAGGAUGAGUGGUCGAAGAUCAAAAACCCGUGUUUGCCUCGGGUUGUUAUCGUUAACGUUGAGGCAGGACCGAAGCUCUUUGGCCAGCAUCCCCACAGCGACCACGGCUUUUCAGUGGCUGCGUACUUCACCAUUAGCCCUGAGAAUGCUCUGAGGUAUAUGGAUCCCGAGACAGGUCAACUCACUGCCGACGCCCCACCACACUUGAAGCUGUUGACUGAGUUCUUCCGAAUAGCUCAUUUUCAAAAUGUCCCACAAGGCGCAGCUGCUAACGGCUCCUCCCAUCUGUGCAAAGUGAUCGGUAUCUGCGAAAACCUCAAGGACUUACAUUUGCCGUCUCUUAUACGCCCGUCCUUGAUCGAGAAGUACAAUGGCAAACCUGUGUUGAUCACCAAGAGUGGCAGCUUGAACACUUUGCGUCAGAUGCGUGUGGAUCCGUCAGGCCGGUUUGAAUGGGUUGAGAUCGACAUUGAUGUGCGGAAUUUUGUCUGGCUGGCUAAGAGCGUCAUGCACCAUAUGCACUCAGCGAUACCACAACUGAAGAUCCAUGUUGGCUUUGUUAUACAGGCCGUGGAUGACUCCCAAAUGAAUGAGAACAUGCUUGGGUCGAUGCGGUUGCGGCAUCUUGAUGUCACCAAGGCUACUCCAAUAACCGUGUGUAAACACAAUGGGGAUGGCGAGAGCACUGCUGCAACUUAA